AUGAGGGAGUCGACGAGUUCUUACUGCUCCCAAUCUGAAUCUGUUCUCAUCGACGGAAUUCCUAACGAAAUUGCCGAGAUCAUAUUACAGAAAUUAUGGACACUCGAUCGAAUUCGCCUGAGAAGUGUUUCAAAGGCAUGGAAUGCUGCUCUGCGGCAAUUACGGCCGCCGCCCUCGGAGCUGCCAUGGAAGAUCCUGUCCAAAAGCUUCGAUCAACCUGGAACCAAUCCUAAGCAAAUUAAACUUUUAUGCCCAAGCAACAAAAAGGAAUACACUUUCGAGUAUCCCAACAAUGGCCAAUGCUGCUGCGGGUCUUCCAAGGGCUGGCUGUUCAUCGGCGGCGCCGCACAAAUUGGGAACAUUCUGCUAUGGAAUCCGCUGACCGGAGAAAUUACGGAUCUUCCUCCCCUGUCGUCAUUGCAAUUUUUCGACAACUUUGUGGGUGCCGGAUUUGGAUUAGGGUUCGAUUUCUUAUCUUGUUUCAUAUCGAGAGUUCAUGUCUUCUCCACCAAUUCCAGCGGGCUAGCGGUGGCCAUGAUUCUCAGUUUUCUGGUCCCUGAUGUCCCCCGGAGGCUGAUCAUCUGCAGGCCGGACGAUCCUCAGUGGACGGCCGUGGAUUUGGACAUCAUCGGUAUCGGUGAUGCGACCGUGACGGACAUCCUGUUUCAUAGAGGCAAGCUGAUUGUCUACUGUAAUCGUCAGAUUUUAACUGAUUUCGAUGGCCAAAGAGUACUUAUCGGACAUGGCUGCCACACUGUAAGUGUAACCCUAAUAAACGGCGGUGGCCAGGUGGAGAUGCAGAUUGUGACCAUGGUGUACGGAGGAGGAGGAGCACGUGCACAAACUCUACGCUAUCUGCCUGAUUCACCUCUCCGCAGAGGAGCUUAUAGAGACGAAUUUUUGGUGGCGUCCGGCGAGAUGCUGCUGCUUGUGAGCGCGGUGGUGGAUCGACCCAUAUGUAGAACUUACCAAUUUAUGGCCUACAGGUGGAUAGAAAUCGGAGGUUUCGAGGUGCACCGGAUUAAUGUUUGCGGCAGCGGCAGCGGUAGCUCGCCGCCGGAGAAGCUUAGGAGCAUCGGGCGGCAGGCGGUGUUCGUUGGUGGGGGUUGCGACGCGAUAUCGACGGCGGUGAACGAUAUUGAUAAUGGUGAAUUUUCAAAUGAUUUCAUAUAUUUCACGGCAAACGGUUAUAAGCUGGCUUCGAUCGGCUUCUUCGACUACGACGAUGGCGUCUUGGAGGGUGUUUGCACCGUUCACCAAAGAGGCCUAUUCGAUGUACGAAACAAUGCCCUUUUUGCAGAUGCCAUGUUGUCUGAUGUACGAGACGAUGCCGAAUUUGCAGAUGUCAUGUCCUCUAAUUUCACAAAGUCCAACUUUCUCGGAUGGAUUAUGCCCGCCGUAUAG